CUGCGUGCGGGAGGGGCAACAGCUGUCUGCUGCAGCCAUCCUCUCCGGGCUCCCAGACCUCCCCAGGCGAAGCAGCUGAGCUGACACCAGCGCUCCGAGCGGACCCGGCGGACGGCGCCGCCCGGGCUGAGGCUGGGCCCCGUCAGAGCCCGAGCCCGCCCCCGCCCCGCCCCUUCCUGCCCGGCCUGCGGCGCGGCGGGAAGGGCUGUCGGGCGCCGCUGCCAUGGAGCCUGUGCUGCUGGCGUGGGGUGCAAACAGCUAUGGACAACUUGGCCUGGGUCACAGAGAGGAUGUGCUGGUACCUCAGUCACUGAAAGAUGCUUCCUGCAAAUGUCAAGACAUUAAAAGCAUUACUGGAGGAGGGGGACAUUCUGCAAUUAUCACUGGUGCUGGAGAACUCUUUGUGUGUGGCCAUAACAAAGAUGGGCAGUUGGGACUGAAUCACACUGAAGAUGUACUGUGUUUUACUUUGUGCACUGCGCUGUCUGGCAUCUGUGUAAAACAAGUUGCCUGUGGCUGGGAUUUUACAAUCGUCUUAGUAGGAGAUGGCCUGGUUCUGUCCUGUGGGUCUAACUCCUUUGGACAAUUAGGAGUUCCUCAAAUUUCAGGUCCGUGCUUGAUUCCCCAAAAGAUUGAGUCUCUCAAAGAGAAGGUGGUGCAUGUUGCAGCAGGACUGAGACAUGCCCUUGCUGCUACAGAGAGUGGUUUGGUUCUUCAGUGGGGAACUGGCUUGGCAUCUCGGGCAAAGCGUGCGCACCAAGGAAAAACUCUGCCCCUGUUCUUGACAGCAAAGGAGCCCUGUGAAGUAGCAGGCCUGGAAGAUGUAAAGGUGAAGAUGGUUGCUGCAGGCUCCUAUCAUUCGGUGUCACUCUCAGAUGAAGGACAUGUAUAUGGCUGGGGGAGCAACAAACAUGGGCAGCUUGUGAGCAAAGAAAUCUUUCUUGCUGAGCCCAAGAAGACUGAGACUCAGUUUUUCUCACAUGAAAAGAUUGAAGCAGUUUGGAGUGGCUGGACCCACUUGGUGGCACGAACAGAAACUGGCAAGAUAUUCACCUGGGGCAGAGCAGCCUAUGGGCAACUUGGAAGACACGCAGUGGCUCCCGACGGGCAGGAGGCAUGCACGACAUCUGAACAACACGUGGGGCAGUUGUGUAGCACCCCUGUUUCAGUGCCUUGCCUAAAUGGAGCAUCUCAGGUUGCCUGUGGCUCAGAGCAUAAUCUGGCAGUAGUUGGUGGCCAGUGCUUCUCUUGGGGGUGGAAUGAACACGGAAUGUGUGGCGAUGGCACAGAAGUGAAUGUUCACGUCCCAAAGCCAAUCAAAGCUCUCAGUUACAUGAAGCAGAUUUUAGUUGGAUGUGGGGCAGGACACUCCAUGGCUCUCUGUCAAACUCCAAACCUGAAGUUGUAGCAUCAUGAAUGUGAAUGGCUACCAUUGGACUGCAUAUCCCAGAAGUGCUACAAGAGGAUUGUAAUACUUUGGAAAGUGCAGAGGAUUUUUCUAAGACUAAAAGGACCAAGUUUGCAUGGAAAAUAGUAGUAUUUUAACUAUUGUUUUCCUGGGUCCUUUGCAUAGUUACUGACUUUCUUACCCACACACAGAGAGAAUGGCAAAUGUUUUGCUUUGAUGCAAUACCAUUUGAUACAGAGUGUUUUGGGCUUUUUUCUUUUCUUGUUCUUUUGAAAAAUCUUUGAAGAAGAAAGAGUGCUUAAUUUCCUGUCAUCAGCGUAUAAAUUCAGACUGAGGAUAUGGUGUGAGAAGGUGAAUACAUAAGGCCCUUUCUGGUCUUUUAUUAUGGUAUCUUUGCAUCAUGAUAAGCAUGUGUUGCACCUGCCAGUGUCUAGAGUUGUGAACUCCUGGCAUCUCAGAAAAUCCAGUCUGCAUCACAGAGAAAUGCCAGUGAACAUAAAUAGAUGCACACACGCAUUUUAAACAGAAGAUGAGGAUUUUAAAAAGAAAAAGCUGUAACUUAGAAGGCCAGUAAAAGGGGAAAAUGAGACUCUUCUGAAGUAGCUAUAUCUUGAUUGAACUGAAAGGAGUAGUAUUUCUGAGGAAUUAUCUUCUGUGCCAGACAUCAAUUUAUUAUGGAUUUGUAGGAUUGAAAAUCUGCAUGAAUUAAUCAUUCACUUGCAAAUGGAAGUUUCUGAAGCUAUUGCCUAGGGAAGAAAAAACUUCCAAUAAAUCUUGGAAACAGCAGUGAAGUUCUUGUCAAAGGGCAUAAGUCAGUUGUAGCUGUUGAGGACGGUUUGAUCCAACAUAACUCCUUCAUCUAACUGCCUUUGAAUAAGAAGACUUAAAAAUCUAACCAGAAAUUCUCCAGCCUAAAAGACAGACCAGAAUGCUCCCGAGAAGUUCAGGUUAGUUCUCACAUCCAUUUGGCAGCCCAGCUGAGUUACUGUUCCGAAUGUCUACAGUACUUGUUCCAGGUGAGUGCUUGGCAGAGAAUGUAGGAAAUGAAAAAGUGUACAUUAUCUUAAGCUAUUAUUAGCUGCCCAAGUUGAGCAGAAUUUUGGAAGCUAUUUAUAAAACUGUUCUACACAAAUGCAGUGGAUGUUAAACUGGGUGUUUGCCAUCCACAUUUGCAAUGGUAUUUGAUGUGUUUCAAGCUCCAAAUAUAGAGAAUACUACUAUGUGGUAAAUGCACCUUUUAAUGAGACUUACUGUUGCUAAACAGUGGUUUAAUUUUUAUAGCAGGGAAGUUUACACAUUACAAAACUCUCAGAGAAGGGCUCUUAGGAAAUAGGACAGGAAGGUUUUCUAAUCAUGUAUCAGCUUAUACAUGAAGGGGAAGAAAUGAAGGUGUUAAUAUGGGCUGCAAAGAUUCUCCCUCUCCACUUUCCCCUUGGUUUUACAGAAAUAACAGUUCAUAGCCUAAUUUGUAAAGCAUUUUGUUUUUCUAUUCAGUGAAUGAGAAACUUGAACUGAGUAUGAGGCUGAUUAUAACAGUUCUGUUACUGAAAGAAUUCUUAAGUGUAAUCAAAUGACUCCUGCAAAAAGUGCAGAGUUGAGACUAGUAUUCUGAAGUGGGGGUUUUAAUCCAUGUGUUAGUUGUAGUUCUUAAUGGCCAUGUACUGUACUGGGCUGUGACCUCUUGCACUUUUUACUCGCCUAAGCUGCUAUUUCUUGACUCUACUCAGUGCCAUUUUCUAGAUGUCACAGUCUCUCUAUUACAUGCACUGAAGAGUUCCUCUUAUGCUUUCUUUGGUAUUGCUGUCUGAGGUUUCUACUCUUUGCUUUCUCCAAGAUGUGUAUACUGAAUAAAUGAUCUUGUUCCAGUAAUCGUGUCCUUUAAAUAAUUCUGUUCCUUGAUUAAUUACAGCUAGUAUAUGCGCUCUCCACCAUGGGGUUACUGUACUGAGCAUAUUUUGUCUGUGCUGUUCUUGCAGUUAACUGCAGAAGAAUGGGAUGAAUUCUAUGAUAAAUAAAUGUGACUUGUUUAUUUGAAA